CCGGCUCCGAGGCGCGGCAGCGCGCGCCCUCGCGCUCUGGUGCGACCGGCGCGCAGGCGCGGCGGGGAGCGAGGUCGCGCAGGCGCAGACGGCGUUGGUUCAAGAAGACCUUCAGCGUUGCCUUGGUGGAGCGGGACGGGCCCACCCUCGGGUUGUAGAUAUGUGUAACACACCAACUUACUGCGACCUAGGAAAGGCUGCCAAGGAUGUCUUUAACAAAGGGUAUGGGUUUGGCAUGGUCAAAAUAGAUCUGAGAACCAAGUCUUGUAGUGGAGUGGAAUUUUCUACUUCAGGUCAUGCUUAUACUGACACAGGGAAAGCAUCAGGCAACCUAGAGACCAAAUACAAGAUCUGUAACUAUGGGCUCACCUUCACCCAAAAAUGGAAUACAGACAAUACUCUUGGGACAGAGAUCUCGUGGGAGAAUAAGUUGGCUGACGGGUUGAAACUGACUCUUGAUACCAUAUUUGUACCAAACACAGGAAAGAAGAGCGGGAAGUUAAAGGCGUCCUAUAAACGGGAUUGCUUCAGCCUGGGCAGUAGCGUGGACAUAGAUUUCUCUGGCCCUACCAUCUAUGGCUGGGCUGUGCUGGCCUUUGAAGGCUGGCUGGCCGGAUAUCAGAUGAGCUUUGACACGGCCAAGUCCAAACUGUCCCAGAACAACUUUGCCCUUGGCUACAAGGCUGCAGACUUCCAGCUGCAUACCCAUGUGAAUGACGGUACUGAGUUUGGAGGCUCUAUCUACCAGAAAGUUAAUGAGAAGGUUGAGACAUCAAUAAACCUGGCAUGGACAGCUGGCAGCAACAACACUCGCUUUGGCAUCGCUGCUAAAUAUAAGCUGGAUUGUAGAACUUCUCUGUCUGCCAAAGUAAACAAUGCCAGUUUAAUUGGACUCGGUUAUACACAGACCCUCCGAGCAGGAGUCAAAUUGACUCUGUCAGCUUUAAUAGAUGGAAAGAACUUCAAUGCAGGAGGUCACAAGGUGGGAUUGGGAUUUGAACUGGAAGCUUAAUGUGAUUUGAGUAGCGCAUCAUUUGUCCCUGGAAAUGAAGAGAAAUAAACCCACUAUGUUUUGGCCUUAAAAUUCUGUGAAAUUUCAAAAGUGUGAACUUUAUAUUCUUCCAAAGAAUUGUAAUCCUUCCUACACUGAAGUCUAGAGAUUACAAAUCCAUCCUAUGGGAGGUCCUUGAAGGCAUGCCUGGAAAUUUUCAUGUUUGUGCCACAUUUCAGUUGAGUUCUGCAGAGUUAAUUUAAAUGUGUUCCUCAGCAACAACAUAGUGUCCUGUUGAAGGAAGUGAUCUGACUCCCGGUUUGUACAUCGUGUCCUGCAUGUCCCACUCCACUUUUCCACGACCUUUUGUUGUAGCAGUCUCUGCUGUAGUGAAAUCUUUGGUUUUGCAUCAGAGUAAAAUAAACCCAUCACAUUUGGA